GAGAAGGUCUGGGAGCAUGGCGACUACUCUGCGUGGAGUCCGAGCCGAAGGUGCCGUCGCGAUUCUCGGGAGAACGACCCGAUGAAGGGCAUCGUGUCCUGGGCGACGCUAGUGCAGUGGCGCGAGGAGCAGACGGGCGAGAAGGUCAUGGAGUCAAUCAAGAAGUCCGUUCGGAGCAGGGGGCUGGUACCCAACAAGGUCAGGGAGCACCUGCUGCUGAACGCGACGAGGUUCACGACGUUGGCGGUGGUCAGGACACAGGACAAGAUCGAAGGCAAGGGGUGCGACAACACGAAUACGAGCCAGCCGCGUAAGUACUGCG